AUGCGCUACAUCAUAAGGGGCGACCAACAGGUGAUGCUUGCGAAGGCGCAUGAGAAGUAUGGACCUUUUGUACGAAUUGCACACGAUGAAGUUAGCAUAUGUCACGAAAAUGCCGUGAAGUCGUUGUUGAUCACACCACUACACAAGGGUACAUGGUACAAGAUUUUCGUGUUGCCCGACUACAGGACACCGGCGCCACUCGGAUUCAGGGACCCAAAAGAAAAGCUCAGACUUAACACGCAUUUCAGACAAGGGUACGACGCCAAAUAUGUCAUUCGCUCGGAGUCUUUCAUGGACGAGGUACUCGUCAAGAUGUUCGCUUGGCUAGACAAGGCAGCGGAGGAGAAGACUUCCCUGAAACUGGGCGAACACUUCUCAUAUGCCGCCUAUGAUAUCACAGGCGAGGUCACAUUCUCCAAGUCUUUUGGGUUCACCGAAAAGGGCGAAGACAUAGGAGGAGCAAUCGCGGUUAACGAAGCCAUGGAGUUGUUCUUCGUUCUCUUUGGCUACAUCCGCUACGUCAGUUACAUCUUCUGCAACCCGCUGACGACCUGGCUCGGUGUCUUGCCGCUUGGCUAUAUGGGAGACUUGGCCAAGAGCGCUCUGGCGGAGCGGAAGAAGAACCCAGAUGCGCGAUUUGACAUUGCUGCUCAUUGGUUCCGCGCUUUGGAGAACAACGGCCCGUCCAAGAUUUGGAACGAUGGUAUGAUUGUUGCUUCUGCCAUAUCGAAUCUCGGCGCUGGGUCGGACACUGUGUCUUGUGCCAUGCAGAGCUUUGUGUACCAUCUCAUCCGCCACUCUACCGCAUGGCAACGCAUUAGAGAGGAGAUUGAGGCUGCACAGAAGGAGGGUCGAUGCAUGGACCAUAUAAUCACUUACGAUGACGCAGUAAAGCUCCCAUUCUUGCAAGCAAAUAUCAAGGAGGCUCUCAGAAUAUUCGCCCCCGUACCGAUGGGCUUGCCACGUGUCGCCCCUAAAGAGGGCGUACAAUUCGAUGACACCGUCUUUCCCGAAGGCACCGUACUCUCGUGCAACCCAUACGUGCUUCACACUUCUAAAAGCCUCUGGGGGCCGGAUGCUGCCGAGUUCAACCCGGAUCGCUGGCUCGGACCCAACGCAGCGAGCCUAGAGAAACUGUUCUGUCCGUGGGGAGCUGGAUGGGCCUCGUGUCCAGGAAGAUCAGUGAUACUAAAUGGCAAUUCCAAGGCAACCCUAGUGAGAGACUAUAAUUUCAAGCAGGUGGAUCCAAAGGAGGAAUGGGAGUACAAAGCUUAUUUCACUGUCGUUCCUCACGGGUGGCCUGUUCACGUGAACAGGAAUGAUUCUUCGAGUAUCUAA